ACUCAGUUACACAUUCGAUUUGCAGCGGUUUGGUUCUACUCUGAAUUUUUGUUCUACAUUGGAGUUGGAGUUUAAUUCAAGACGUAUUUCAUUUAUAAAAUAUUAAGGAAUUAAGGAUAACACUUUAUAGCAUCAGCGUUGGAUAACUCAGCUGUAUAUCUUUAUUAAAAUCAGGAAUUGAUUUAAUCAAACCACAAAAAAAUGUCAACCACGAUAUUCAUGUACGCCGUCUGCCUGGCAGUGCUUUCCAAUCUCUUAUCAGUCUCCGCUAUUCGGUGUCACGAGUGCAACUCCCAUGAAGACGAGGACUGCGCCAGUCUCGUGGUAAACACUCCACGUGCCCAGCGAGAUGACCAGUUUCUGAAGGAAUGCAAUAUUAAGGAUGGCCAAGUGCCGUUUUGCCGAAAGACCGUGAUCAAGUUCGAAGUAAACGACAAUCAGAGGAUUGUGAGGAACUGUGGCUGGAUCCCGGAGAAAGUUCAGAAUGCCUGCUUCACCGCCGACAAUGAGGGCUACAAGCAGGUGGUCUGCACCUGCAACGGCGAUGGCUGCAAUGGAGCCUCCGCCCUACUGGGAGCACGCCAGGUGGGCUACAGUCUAAUCGCCACCGUGGUCAGUCUGGCCAUGGCCGCCGUACUUAGGAAUUAGAUCUAAGCCUAGUCCUAGAAGACCCGUAUCCAAAAAGUACCUUAAUCUGUAACUGGUUAAGCUAAGUCCUAAAUACAUCGCACCAAGUUCUUUGAUUUAUGCCAUACUUAGUUUGUAUACACAUUCCGAUUGAUUCCAACUUUAGUUCUGUAUUUGUAUUUAAUUUCUGUGAAAAUAUAAGAAUUUAAUAUUUAAUUGAAAA